CAAUGCCCUACUAAAUGCGUCUUCCAAGUCAUGGCAAGGCCAAUAUUAUAUACUUACUUCCGAAGCUCUGCUUCAUGGCGAGUAAGAGUUGCACUGGCAUACAAAGGGUUGGAAUAUGAAUCGAGACCAAUCAGCCUUAUAAAAGAUGGUGGACAGCAGAAGUCUGCGGAAUAUACAGCCCUUAAUCCCCUGCAGCAGGUGCCUUGCUUGAUCAUAGAUGGAGCCACUUUAACACAGUCUUUGCCUAUUAUAGAAUAUUUGGAGGAAACAAGACCUAAUCCACCACUGCUUCCUAAAGACCCAGUGUUGCGUGCAAAGGCAAGACAGACAGCUGAGACAAUUAAUGCCUUUACCCAGCCCUUGUCAAACUCAACAGUGCUGGGCCUGGUAGGAGAAUGGUGCGGUGAGGAUAAAAAGGAAAAAUGGGCAGGAAUAUGGAUUGAUAAAGGUUUUACAGGAUUGGAAAAAGUCCUUGAAAAGACUGCUGGAAAGUACUGCAUUGGAGAUGAAAUAACAAUUGCUGAUGUGGCUUUGGGGCCUCAAAUUUUUAAUGCAAACCGAUUUAAAGUAGACAUGACGAAGUUUCCAAUAAUCAGCAGAAUUGUUGAAGAGCUGUACAAGCACGAGGCUUUCAAAGCAGCUGAUCCAAGCAGACAACCAGACUGUCCAGAAGAGUUAAGAGCAUAAAACUGACUUUCCUGCCUGUCAGCCUUGCAUUAGCAAUAUAGCAGCAUUUAUUUCAGAGGAUAUUGAGUAUACAAUUUAUAAAUAAUGUUUAAUAUAUGAGCAGAGCGACAUGUGAAGCCAAGGAUGACAGUCUUAUUGUGGAAA